UCUCACAACACAUGCAAAUGGAAGAAGACCUAGACCUGGAAAAAGGCACUGAUAAGACAAUCAGAGCACAAAACACAUGGAGGAAUGAUGCCAGAGCGGCCUGUUCCCCAGACAGCAGAGACGCCUGUUUGGGGCAAGACGAAUUCCACCAUACUGGAUCCAAACCGCUAGCACCUGCUACCCCUACACACAUCUGCAGGAGAGAGAGGUUCUCCUCCACAGCAACUGAGCAGGCUCCCAUGUCCCCUGCUGCGUCUUUUUCAGAUUGGGCCGCACCCGCUGCUGAAGUCAGUGAAGUAAAUAUCACAAACUCCAGCUCACAGGAAGAGGGCCCCCAGCAGAUAGCAGUUAGAAUAAUUCAAAGAGCCUGGAAAAGUUAUGUGCACAGAGAGGUCUUCAGGUAUUUCAAAGAGCUUAUCAGCCACUGCAACCAGGGGGAUCCACGGACGAUCCUCAAAACUGUCAACCCUAGAGAGGCAGAGUUGCUGGACGCUGCUGCUGGGGCGUACAUCAGAUUUCGUCUCGGAGGGAUUACCUUUCCUCCCAACAUCUAUUACAAGAUCUUCACCCAUCGACCCAUCACCGACGUGUGUGCCAACAGCCCAAAGAACUACACACAGCGAAGCCUCAAGAAGCCUGCGGCCCGGCCCACCAACAAUGGCCGGCCUCUUGUGCAGGUGGAAAACUCAGGAUGGUACCAGCGUAUGGAGAACAACAGCUGGAGGCUCUUCUGUUGCAGGAUGGUUCCCAUGGGUGAGCCCACAGAGAUCGGGGCUAACAAAAAAAAAGACUUCCACCAUUCCAGGUUGCAGCGGCAACAGGAUGUGGACCAGUGGAGGAAAAGGAGGAAGAUUGAAUGGCUGAAGCAGAUGUACAACCAGGGUCGUCAGCAGGCUCACCCAGCGCAUCGACACAUGGCGACGAUGGUGGGGAAUUCGGCUCAGGAAGUGAUGGACACCAUUGCAGAGAAGGGAGAUGAUGAGAUACUGGAGUGGGAGCUGGAUGAGCUCCUGGCCUGGACCAACACUCUCAGCUUUCAGGAUUAUACGGAGGAGUGGAGACGUUUGGCAUGCAGUCACUCCUCUGAGCCCAGUAAAGAUAUUCAUUCCUAUCCACCCAGGUUAGAUGCACGUGCUGUUGUGUCUGAUGAAGACCGUUAGGUAAAACGGAAUAAAUGAACUGCUGUUAAAACCAUGUCAGUGCUAAUGUGCUAAUUGUGCACUUCCAAAGAAUCUAGCUAUGCAAUCAAGUUAUUAUCAAUGCAAUAAUCAUUCUAAAAUAAUAAAGUGAUCCAUGUGAUUUUCUUAUGGUGAUGUGUGUUAUUACAGCACACAGAGCUGAUUUAUGUUUCAAACAAAAAUGGCUCUGAAUAUCAGAAGACCGACGGGUGUCAUUUGAAUGUUUUGACUGUUUGAUAGCCAAAUAUAUAGAUUAGAGUAAAGGCAUCAACAUGUGUCCUGGACGCCAACGAAAGACACUUAAAUUUGAAUUUGAAGUAUCGCCAUCAGUUUGAGUGAGUCUAUGGUAAUUUUAAUGAAAGACACUACUUAAAGAAGGAUCUCAACACAAAGCUCGAAGAAAUCAAUCUGCAACUGACUUCCCUCCUCUCACACCUGCACAGGUCAGUUUAAGUGUGUUAAAGGAUGUCUUUCUCUCUGCAGCACCUUUAUACCAUUCUGCAGUCAUGAUUUACAUGUUAGCUCUUCGAUUGGAACUUCUAAUAGCUUAACUAACUUAAUUGUUUUCCUUUAAAGACGUUGUUUUCUGUACUGUGCUGUACAGUAAGUGUAUAUAUGUGUGUAGCACUGAACCAAAGCAGCUGAAAUGGCAAACCUGAAGACUGGUGAUGCAGAUGACUGGAUCAAAUCUCUUAUUCAUGAGUCCCACAAGGCCAAAGAGUUCUCUCACUGCCCUUACACCCAACUCAGAAUGGGGUCAGCCCUCUGACAGAAGAUGGAAAGCUCUUCACACGUGAAACAUUUUUAAAUAGUCAUAGGAGCAACAUGUACAGUUGCACUGUUGAACAUGCAUGCUUCUACCUGGGUCUGUGUGCAGAAAGGACUGCUAUAAACGAGGCUGUUUCUGAGGGAUACAAGAAAUUUAAGACUAUAGCUGUUUCUAGUGACCUGGAGGACCGGGUGAUCCCUUCCUGUGGCGCCUGCCACGGGUCAACAGAGAGUUUGGUGAUAUGCCGUCUUCAUGACCAAGGUGGAUGGAUCCUACACCACCAUGAUGACACUGGAGGAGCUGCUUCCACUGUCACGGAGGGCUGAGUACCUGAAGAACGUUCCAAAGAGAAACUGAUCAAGUUCAUAACGGCCUUCAUAUAGUGUAUGUCCUGGAGUAGUGUUAUUCAUCAUUCCCAUUCCUUCAGUCAGCUUUUUCCCAAUUAGAGAUUUCACUGUCAAAACUGUUCUCUGAUCUCUCCACUUACAGAAUUAACAACACUUCAGUUCAUUCUCUGUUAACAAAGUUAUAUUAAACCAAAGGCAACAAGAGAUUCUUGACAUCUAAAAUGUAUGCUUUAAAUAUAUUUAAAUACAUGUGACAAUAUAUUCUUAACCAUAUAAAUAAUACAUAAAUAUAUGUGAUAUGCCAUUAAGUAUAACAUUUAGAAGACUUGCACAUGUAUAAAGUGAUGAGCACUGUUCAGUCUUUGUGACACCCUGCAGGAAACAUAGAAAGUACUUCAGCAUGUGUUUCCUUGACUUUUGUCUCAGUUGUGUAUAUUAAAGGAAGGCGUAUACCCUGAAAA